ACCAGGCGUCGCUACCGGGUAGGGGAGGAUGAUUCUGGGCUGGUAAGGGCUGGUGUCCACCUGCGCAGGGCUGGCCCCAGCCUCUAGGUGAGGUUGUGCUCCUGCUGGUGAGCAGACCCUGUUAGAAUCCGCACACAGUGAAGUCUUCCAUUGGCUGUUUUCAUCCUGGCGACCCACCCCUUUCAUCCCUGGGGCUGGCUCCCACCGUGGUGAGUGGAGUCUGUAGGGAAGAAGCCGGGAAGCCUGGAAUUUAGGUCGGUGCAACGUUUCUAGAAUAGACAGUGGGUGGGAACGACCCAGGUAAAGUACCGGAGGUUCUAACACUGACGCACAGGAAAGCCUCAAGUGGGAGGAGAAAUGCAAAUCCCCUCUGACGAAGGCGUCAGCGGCUAGGUCCUGGGGCACCGUGCAGGGCGAUUCCGACCGUGGACUCGAGCACCGCCUGGGACGCGGGCAGAGGCAGCCAAGCAUGUCUCAGUGGAAUCAAGUCCAACAGUUAGAAAUAAAAUUUUUGGAGCAAGUUGAUCAAUUCUAUGAUGACAACUUUCCUAUGGAAAUUCGGCAUCUGCUGGCCCAGUGGAUUGAAAAUCAGGACUGGGAGGCAGCAUCUAACAAUGAAACCAUGGCAACAAUUCUUCUUCAAAACUUGUUAAUACAACUGGAUGAACAGUUAGGCCGUGUUUCCAAAGAGAAAAACUUACUUUUAAUACACAAUCUGAAAAGAAUUAGGAAAGUCCUUCAGGGAAAAUUUCAUGGAAACCCAAUGCAUGUAGCUGUGGUUAUUUCAAAUUGUUUAAGGGAAGAGAGGAGAAUAUUGGCUGCCGCCAACAUGCCUGUUCAGGGGCCUCUGGAGAAAUCCUUACAAAGUUCUUCAGUUUCAGAAAGACAGAGGAAUGUGGAGCACAAAGUGGCUGCCAUUAAAAACAGUGUGCAGAUGACAGAACAAGACACCAAAUAUUUAGAAGAUCUACAAGAUGAAUUUGAUUACAGGUAUAAAACAAUUCAGACAAUGGACCAGGGUGACAAGAACAGUGCCCUAAUGAAUCAGGAAGUUCUAACUCUGCAGGAAAUGCUGAACAGCCUGGACUUCAAAAGAAAGGAAGCCCUGAGUAAGAUGACACAAAUAGUGAAUGAGACGGACUUGUUAAUGAACAGCAUGCUGGUGGAGGAGCUGCAAGACUGGAAGAGGCGACAGCAAAUCGCCUGCAUUGGAGGUCCACUCCACAAUGGGCUUGACCAGCUUCAAAACUGCUUUACACUGUUGGCAGAAAGUCUGUUCCAACUCAGAAGGCAGUUGGAGAAAUUAGAGGAGCAAUCUACAAAAAUGACAUACGAAGGAGAUCCUAUCCCACUGCAAAGAGCACAUCUGCUAGAAAGAGUCACUUUCUUGAUCUACAACCUCUUUAAGAACUCAUUUGUGGUUGAACGACAGCCAUGCAUGCCAACCCACCCUCAGAGGCCAAUGGUACUUAAGACUCUCAUCCAGUUUACUGUAAAGCUAAGACUGCUAAUAAAAUUACCAGAACUAAAUUAUCAGGUAAAGGUGAAAGCAUCAAUUGACAAGAAUGCUUCGACUCUAAGCAAUCGAAGAUUUGUACUUUGUGGAACUCAUGUCAAAGCCAUGUCCAUUGAAGAAUCUUCCAACGGGAGUCUCUCUGUAGAAUUUCGACAUUUGAAACAUGUAGCUACCUCACACCAGAAUCCUGACAAAGUUGAGAAGGAACUUGAGAUCACGAUUCCCAGGAACACUCGGGCUGCUCUGUACCUCCUGCGCACGUUGGUUCAGUGGUGGGAACAGCACUGCCGAUGGCUCUGCCUCUUGCAGGCAGCUGACCUUGCACUAACUCCCAGUUUCCUUAGCUAUAAAAUGGCUUCAUGUUCACCUGCCCCUCGGAGGGUUGUUGCGGGGCCCAAACGAGAUGAAGCGUGUGAGAGUCCACGGCAGUGCACUAAACAUGUAGCUACCUCACACCAGAAUCCUGACAAAGUUGAGAAGGAACUUGAGAUCACGAUUCCCAGGAACACUCGGGCUGCUCUGUACCUCCUGCGCACGUUGGUUCAGUGGUGGGAACAGCACUGCCGAUGGCUCUGCCUCUUGCAGGCGGCUGACCUUGCACUAACUCCCAGUUUCCUUAGCUAUAAAAUGGCUUCAUGUUCACCUGCCCCUCGGAGGGUUGUUGCGGGGCCCAAACGAGAUGAAGCGUUUUCCUCAAGACUGCCAAUCCAAACCUCUUUGGAACUGCAGCGCCCCCUGGCGUUUGACUCUGAGAUUAUCCGGGAAGAAGGCUGUCACAUGGUGACUGAGGAGCUUCAUUCCAUAACAUUUGAGACACAGAUCUGCCUCUAUGGUCUGACCAUAGAUUUGGAGACCUGCUCAUUACCUGUGGUGAUGAUUUCCAAUGUCAGUCAGUUACCUAAUGCUUGGGCAUCCAUCAUUUGGUACAAUGUGUCAACCAGCGAUUCCCAGAACUUGAUUUUCUUUAAUAAUCCUCCAUCUGCCACUUUGAGUCAACUCCUGGAAGUAAUGAGCUGGCAGUUUUCAUCAUAUGUUGGUCGUGGCCUGAACUCAGAUCAGCUCAACAUGCUGGCUGAGAAGCUAACAGUCCAGUCUAGCUACAAUGAUGGUCAUCUCACCUGGGCCAAGUUCUGCAAGGAACACUUGCCUGGUAAAUCAUUUACCUUUUGGACCUGGCUUGAAGCAAUUUUAGACCUAAUUAAGAAACACAUUCUUCCCCUUUGGAUUGAUGGGUACAUCAUGGGCUUUGUUAGCAAAGAAAAGGAACGACUCUUACUAAAGGAUAAAAUGCCUGGGACCUUUUUGUUAAGAUUCAGUGAAAGCCACCUUGGAGGAAUAACUUUCACCUGGGUGGACCAUUCUGAAAACGGAGAAGUGAGAUUCCAUUCUGUGGAACCUUACAACAAAGGCCGGCUGUCCGCUCUGCCGUUUGCUGACAUCCUUCGAGACUACAAGGUUAUUAUGGCUGAAAACAUUCCCGAAAACCCUCUGAAGUACCUCUAUCCUGAUAUUCCCAAAGACAAAGCCUUCGGUAAACACUACAGCUCCCAGCCAUGCGAAGUUUCAAGACCAACAGAAAAGGGAGACAAAGGUUAUGUGCCUUCUGUUUUUAUCCCCAUCUCAACAAUCCGAAGUGAUUCUACAGAGCCACAUUCUCCAUCAGACCUCCUUCCCAUGUCGCCAAGCGUAUAUGCAGUGCUGAGAGAAAACCUGAGUCCCACAACAAUCGAAACUGCAAUGAAGUCUCCCUAUUCUGCUGAAUGAAAAGAUAAACUCUUGACACUCAAAAGAAGGAAGCAAAUGAAAAAGUUUUAAAGACUGAUCUUUGCCAACAAUCACAUCUGGUUUCUUCAGCUUUGUAUAUACCAGGAAAUGAUUAAAUAUGAAGCUUUCUUCUCAUUCUUAUGACACCCCCAAAUGGGAAUGUCAUUGAAAUGCUAGAGAUCCAAGCUUCUAAUAAACUUGUGAGAUAAAACACUUUAAGAAACCAGUGUUAAUAUAAUAGUAAUGAAAG